AUGAGCGAUCGAGUGCGACGACGUCGCAGUCGUGAAUUACGAGCUCCACGAAACGAUGGGGGACUGUCACCGGCGUCACGACUUCGGAUAGCUGCAGACGUCCAUCGCCAUUCGACCAGUGACGAUGAUUCCGGUUGUGUCCUUGAAGAGUACGCAUGGGUCCCCAGCGGGCUUAAACCGAAUAUGGUACACAUGUUCUUCGCCACUCUCCCCGAAGAGAAGGUGCCUUACGUAAACAGCGCCGGCGAAAAAUGGCGAAUUCGACAACUGCGCCAUCAGCUACCGCCACAGGACUCCGAUCCCCGAUACUGUUCCCGGCUCACUGCGGAAGAAGAAGAUGAACUG